UGCUUGACAGAUUUGCCUGUUUGGGUUAAAAAUUUGGAUGCGGGAAAGCGCUUUUUGGUGUUUGCAGCAGUUUAAAUUGCACUAAAAGAAGUGAUCCAAAUUCUGUCUGAAACAGUAAACUAAAGUCUUCAAGAAUGUCCUUCAAUUUCGGCAAUACCAGCGCAACCGGAUUGGGUUCUACCAGUACUCCGGCUAAACCAGCUGGUGGCUUCGGCAGUUUUUCCUUCGGCGCUCAAUCUUCAACGCCUGCAUUCGGAGCUGCCACCGCCCCAUCCAAUGCGGCAGCUCCGUCGUUGUUCGGUGGGGCUGCUGCUCAACCCGUCGCUGCCAAUACCGCCACCAACACGGGCGGCUUCGGCGGAUUCGGUGCACAGCCUGCCGGUGCACCCGCGGCCAGCACAUCGACAUUCGGCUUUGGGACUAAUACGGCCGCAACGGCAACGCCGGCGUUCGGCUUCGGAGGAACAACUACGUCCACCGCUGCAGCCGCACCGGCACCGUUUGGGGGAUUUGGAACGACGGCAGCCACAUCGGUGGCGGCUGCACCCGCGUUCGGUGGAUUCGGAACGGCAACGGCGACAACAAGUGCACCUGCAUUUGGCGGAUUCGGAGGUUUCGGUACAACCACUACUAGUUCGGCCCCGUCUCUAUUCGGCCAAACUAGUUCUACAACUACCGGAUUUGGCGGCUUCGGGACUUCAUUUGGAACCGGCGGGUUCGGUCAACAGCCCCAGCAACAAGCCGCCACUGGAAUCGGAUUCGGCCAAACCUUCCAGCAUCAGCAGCAACAGCAACAGCAACCACCGGCUCUAACACAAGAAGAGGCCUUUGCUCAGUCUAUUUUCAAUGUGUCGAUCUUUGGCGACGAACGUGACACGGUCAUCGCCAAAUGGAACUACCUACAGUCGAUGUUGGGAACGGGAAAGGCAUUCUAUUCGCAGAAUAAUGCCCCGGUUGAUAUAACCCCAAGCAAUUAUCUCUGCCGCUUCAAAACCAUGGGCUAUACGAAGCUCCCCGGUAAGGAGAACAAAGUUGGUUUAGUUGGACUAACCACCAACAGACCCGUUAGCCAAAUGAAGAGCCAACAGCAGCAGUUCAUCACGAGCUUGAAUCAGAUUUUCGGCAGCAAACCAAACAUUGCCAUCACCGUUGAAAGCAUCAAAAUGAUCGGAGACAACAAAUCGCAAAUCGUUAUCUACGUGGAAGAAAAAUCCACCACCUCAAACGAAACUAAACGGAUCAUGGCAACGGAAGUGGCCUCUUAUCUCAACCAGCCAGCACCAAGGCAACAACUCACAACUCUAGGCGUCGAAACAGUGGUUGCUUUAGUUCUGCCGGAGGAAGAUCAACUGAAAGAGUAUCUGGAAAAUCCCCCGAAAGGAAUUGAUCCUCGCAUGUGGCAACAGGCGAAGAUCGACAAUCCCGAUCCGAAGCGUUUCAUUCCGGUUCCGAUGAUCGGUUUCCAGGAACUCAAGUGGCGCAUCAAGUGCCAGGAGGGCGAAACCGAUAUUCACGUGUCCUAUCUAGACAAAGUGGAAAAAGAAAUUGAACAACUGAAGCAGCGACACACGAACACGACCGCAAAAAUCAUGGAACACCGUAGGAAAUUCGCCGAACUGAGUCAUCGGAUAUUGAAGAUCAUCGUCAAGCAGGAGAGUACGCGGAAAAUGGGCUUCGCUUUGCUGCCGGAGGAGGAGUUGAUCCGCAGCAAGUUAGAGAAUAUGCACGCGCUGGUAUCUACACCGACGCAGUUCAAGGGCAAGCUUAGUGAACUGUUGUCUCAGAUGAGGAUGCAACGGAACCAGUGGGCCCAUUCCGGGGGUGUUAAUGAUUAUACGUUGGACAAAGAAUCAUCGGAAGAGAUGAAAAGUUUUUUGACGAUGCAACAGAAGGCGAUGGCGUUUUUAGUAGAAACAGUGAACAAGGACCUAAAGGACCUCAAAGUGAUUUCGGAUGGAAUGUCUCGGCUGAUACAAGGCUAAGCAAAUCAGACUGUUUUUAUUUCUUACGAGGUAAGUCACACGAAAACUAUUCGAAAACUACAAGAAUAAAAUAUUUCCAAAUUGUGUUGCUAAUUGUGAUGAAA